CCUACCUCCCUGGAACCAGAAAACAUACAACCCAACAAACCAUAUCCACACCUCACCAACCCAACCCCAAGAACAACCAAAACCGCCACCAACCCCUCCAAACCCAAACCCCGCGACCUCCCCCCAAAAAAAGAAAAUGUCCACCAUCUCCGCAAAGACCACCUACCGCGCCCUCCUCCGCGAACUGCCACGCCGCAGCCUGGCCACCCCGACCCCGCUGCAUGCGAGCGUCCGGAAGAUGUACGAAGAGCCGGUCUUGGUGGCUGCGGGUGGCGCUGCCUCGAAGACGACCGGAACCGGUGACAGCCACGCCGCCGCCGCGCAGCAGGACACGCUCGCCCACCGGCUCCAGGAGGCGGAGCAGUUCGCGCAGUACGCCCGCGCGCAGCGGCAGUAUGCCGCGCUGAUCGAGCGGUAUAACCCCGGGAGCUGGUUGGAUGAGGAGGAGCGGAUUCGGUUGACGGCGCGGCGGGUGGGGUUGGAUUUGCCGGUUGAGGGGCAGGGGCAGACGGAAUAGGAGGGAAUGAUUUCGAUGUGUUUUUUUUUGAGGCAGGGGAG